AGACAAAUCAGUCUCCUUCCUCUUCUUCUUAUUCUCUUCUCAUCUCUAGCUACCUAGUUCUUCUUUCAAGAGAAAGAUCACCAAGCUAGGUAUAUAACCUUCUUUCUCCUCCUCCUCCUCUCUUCUUCUUAUUUGAUCUCUAGUAUAUACUUCUUAAUUUGAAGACAUAGCACAACCAAACUAAUUAACCUUCUUUCUCUUUCCUUUUCCUUUGAUCUUUAGUACUUCCUCAAUCAACCUCUUUUUCAUCUUUACAUCCAACCACAACUAUCAAAACAUCAAUAUAUAUAUAUAUCUAUAUCUAUAUAUAGUAAAGUAGAAGAGUGCAAAGAUAUGCAACUCCUCCUCUUCCUCUUCUUCUCCUUCUCACCAUUCACACUCACAUAACUCCUUCUAAUUAAAUCUCUCCACAUCAAAGCAAACAAGAAGAAGAAUGGCAAACAGAUGGUGGGCAGGACCAUUAGGUCUCACCGGAGGUUCACCAUCAUCAGCCUCCGGCGGCUCUUCCUCCAAGAAACUCGAUCAUGACCUCAUGCCCUCCUCCAAAGACCCCAUCCCCAACGAUGACAUCCUCGAUGAAGAAGAACGCGACUCCGGCGAACCCCACGAAGGCGCCGUCGAUAUCGGCUCUCGCCGCCCUCGUGGCCGCCCUCCCGGCUCCAAGAACAAACCCAAACCCCCCAUCAUCGUCACCCGUGACAGCCCCAACGCUCUCCGCAGCCACGUCAUGGAGGUCGCCAGCGGCGCCGACGUCGCCGACUCCAUCGCCAACUUCGCCCGCCGCCGCCAACGCGGCGUUUGCGUCCUCAGCGGCGCCGGCUCCGUCGCCAACGUUACUCUCCGCCAACCCGCCGCUCCGGGCUCCGUCGCUGCUCUCCAAGGCCGUUUCGAGAUCCUCUCCCUCACCGGUGCCUUCCUCCCCGGCCCUUCCCCUCCUGGCGUCACCGGUCUCACUGUCUACCUCGCCGGAGGCCCUGGUCAAGUCAUCGGCGGCAGCGUAGUCGGCUCUCUCAUCGCUGCAGGUCCAGUUAUGGUUGUUGCUGCCACCUUCUCCAAUGCAACCUAUGAAAGACUACCUUUAGAAGAUGAUGAAGACGAUGAUGCUCCGGCAAGCAGUGCAGGCCAAGGACACAUCCCCGGUGGCUCUCCUACUGCUCUCGGUGGCCCUUCCGGCAUUCCUGGCCCUUCUUCCAUGCCUAUCUUCAACCUGCCUCCGAAUCUCAUCCCAAAUGGCAUGCAAUUGGCUCAUGAUGGUUUCCCUUGGCCUCAUGCAAGACCACCACCUUUCUAGUUUCCAAGUUAUGAUCAAGAUAAGAAGCCAUUUAUCUAGCUCUUAAUUAGUUUAUAUAUCUAUAUAUCUAUAUUAUAUCAAUGGUGCAAUGUGUUUGCUUUCCUAACAUACAUGAAGAUUAGUUAGGAUCGAGUUUUUAUAUAUAUAUAUAUAUACAAUAAUUGCUUUGGAAGACAGCAUUGGGAGUUGGGUGUUUGAUUAAUGCUGUCAAAAUGCUUUGUUUUCAGACCUUUUUAUUAUGUUUUAAUAAUGUUAUGUGUGAUUGUUGUUAUUAUAUAUGUAUCUCUUUGUUAUAAGACACAAAAUUUAAUGCAGAGUUGGAGACUGAAGGGUGUGGAAAUGAUCAAGCUCUUAUUGAUUGAUUGAUUGAUUGAUUGAGCGAUCAGCUCAAGCUCAUCAACAUUUGCUGCCAUACUUUGCACCUCCAAGCCAAUCAAAUUAGAGGCUAAACAAGAACCAUUUCCAAUAAAAAAAUGGUAACAUUUGAACAAGUGGAACAGGUAUAUAGGACCACUACUUUGUUGAUUAGUUUAGUGUAUUUGAUGCUAUUUGAUUGGUUUUGAUAUUAAUUUAUUAAUUUAAUCACAUGUUAGCAAGGAAUCCAAGACCCAUUUGAUAAAGUUAUGGUAUAGUUCUUCGCAUAUCCAAUAGUAAUUAGACACUCUCUAUUCAAGACAUGAAGUUAAGCUUAAUUAAUUAUAUCAUUUGUUUAAGUUAAUCACAAAGAUUAGUGAUGAGGGCUUCUUAAUUGUUACUCACUUUUCAAUAAAACAGGGUAUAAAAGAAAUAAAGAAAGAAUGGCAUCCUUCUUGGAAUGGCUGCAUGCAUGCAUGCAUACCAAGAUUACAAAAUGCGCGGGAAAACGAAAAGGAUCUGCAGAGGUAAACGUGUCACCUCUGCAUUUCACUGUCUCCUAUGAUUGCGCUAGUCUUGGCAUUAUGUUGUCUGCCACGUCAGCAGACAAUUUUAAGAUUCAAUCUAGGUAGCUUAUUAUGUAUUUUUCAUUGUUACAAUAUUACUUGAAAUUUGGAAAAAAAAAAUUAUC